AUGCGCUUCGCCGUCGCCAUCGCCGUCCUUGCUACCGUCGCCUCGUUCACGGGCGUGGAAGCCGGUCACAAGAAGAAGGUGCAGGCGCCGCGGACGCUUUGCCCUGGGUCGGAGAUCGCCUGUCCUAUCCUCGGCUCUACUACCUACUCGCAAGCCGUCGCGCACCACAACGGGCAGAACAAGACGGACGUGACGGGGAUCAUGGCGGGUUCGGGCGGAUACGAGUGCGUCAACACGAUGGAGGCGCUCGACUCGUGCGGAGGAUGUGCGUCGACAGGCGAGGGCCAGGACUGCACCAAGAUCCGCGGUGCCGCCGGCGUUGGCUGCGAAUCCGGCCGCUGCGUCGUCUUCUCGUGCCAGUCUGGCUGGCGCGCAUCGCUGUCGGGCACCAAGUGUGUCCGCGCCGCCGACAUGAGCCGCAACAGCACCCGGACGGCGUCGAAGGCCGGCGCGAAGAGGCACCUCAAGGCCAAGCACGCCCGCCAUCACGGCCACGCUCACCUCUCGCCUUGA